AUGGAGAGCGGCCGGGGCCUGGCUGAGGUGAUCAUGCAGCUGCAGAACGAGAUCAAGAAGCUGGAGACGGAGAACCGGGCGCUGCGCGGGGAGCUGAGGCAGGAGGGCUCCGAGGGUGGAAGCGGUGGCGGCGGCGGCUCCGGGCCUGGCGAGGCUGGGGACAGUGGUGGACACAUCAACCUGAGGAGGAACGUCUCCGCACCCAUGCUGGAGGGCCAGCUGAAAGAGAGCGUCAUGAUGACCGUGCGAAGAUACUCGGUCUCCUCCAACAUCCUGAAUCUGGCAACCCGAAAACACGAGGCCAUGCCGCCGCUCUGGAGGACUGAUAACGCCAGGUCGAUGGUGAGCCACAGCAGCCGGUGGUCGCGUCUGCAGGAGGGGGUCCACGCUCGGCCCCAGAUCGCCCUGACCAGCCCCGCCCCCGUCCUGACCAGCCCCGCCCCUAGCCCCGCCCCCGCCCGCGAGGACCUCAGCUCCAGGGAGAAGCACAGCAACCGGAGAUCCCUGCAGCACUACGUCAACAAGAACCGCUCCAAGGUGAAGACGGUGACGUUCCUCCUCCCCGUGGAGGACAUAUACACCAACCGUCCCGUUUCAGCGAAGCGGCAAAGCUGCUACGAAGCCGCACUGAUGGAGGAGACGUCCCAAACGCAUCCAGAUGACGACCAACUCACACACACAGCAGACCACCAACACACUCACCUAGAGGAAGCAUCCCACACAGAGACAGAAGACCACCACCAACCAGAGUGUGAGGAUCAUUGGCAACGAUGAAACCGGAUCGAUUUAUUGAUUAAUGGACCGAUUUAUUGAUUAAUGGACCGAUUGUUAUCAAUUUAUGGACAACCAAAUAACUCCUUGGAGAGGCCAGAGCGUGAGGAUCAUUGGCAACGAUGAAACUGGACUGAUUUAGUUGAUUAAUGGACCGAUUUAUUGAUUAAUAGACCGAUUAUUCGAUUUAUGGACGCCCAAAUAACUCGUUGGAGAGGCCGCAGGAGGACCAACACACUCGACCACCAACCAGAGUGUGAGGACCACUGGUGGC